ACUGCAAUAAAUUAUCAAAAAUUCAAACAUAAUAUAGUUCUAUUAAUACGUUAAAUCUUAUAAAUGAGCAUUGAUUAUAAUAAUUAGAGAACUCUUGGGUAUCUCUAUAAGUUUAGUAUAUUAAUUGAAAAAGCUGUAAUAAAUAUCGGUGUGCCUUGCAAACUAUGUCUUUUAAUAAAAAGAGGCUAGCAAAAAAUCAAGCUAUAAAACACACCUAUAAUUGACCCAGCUUAAAAAUAUUGUUACUUCGAUGAAAUGAUAGAUUUAAAAACAAAUGUAUAUAGAGAUUAUGCGAAUAAUACUUUUUGGGAUAAGAAAAUUAGUUUUACACUUGUAAUUGAAUCUUAAAAUGGAAAUAAAUUAGCUGGAAUUGCAACUUAUAACUUGGCUACUUUUCUGAAUACAAAUUCUUAAACUACUUAUGAAGUCUUGAAACUCAACAAAUGUCCUGAUUAAUCUGCGAAAUUGUAUAUAAAAUUUGGUUAAUGCUUAAUUAAAGAAUUAGGAGAAAUAGAUUAACAAAGUUCAUAAAAUAGUUUGAUAUCUGACCAUAUUGAUGAUUUUCAUGAUAUUACAUUUUAAAGUUCUUCAAAUAGGAGUAUUCUAUCUGAUUAAUCUUAGUAAAACUUAGACUAAAAUCAUACAAGCCAGCCAAGUGUUAAAUUUGAAACGAGUUUUGGAUCUUAAAACUAAAUAAAUAUGCAAAAUUAACAACCGUUAACUACUUCAAAGGGUAUCUCAAAAAGUUUUUCAAAAGAAAGGAUACCUAUGUAUGUUGAUAAAUAAUAAUAAUUAUUAUAAGAGAAGUGUGAUUAAAAUAAUGAAAAUUUGUCGGUAAGCAACUAAAAAAUAACUCUUCCUUAAAAUUCAAAAUAAAAUUUAGACUAAAAUAAGCUCUCUAUAUUGAAUGAUGGAUAAAAAGUUUUUAUUCUAGAAUAACAUAUAAAAACGAUGAUGUAAGAAAAAGAUCAAUAAAAAUAAGAAAUACUCUUAUUGAAAUAGAGCUUGCAGUUAAUUAAUUAAAACUAUUAAAUAAAAACACAGGAGUGUAAUGAAUAUUAGUAAAGAUAUGAAGAUAUAAAAAAUCAAAGGGACGAUAUAAAGACUAAAUUGGAUGAAGUAAAAAAAGAAACAGAAAAAAUUGAAAAUUAAGUAUUUGGAAAAAUAGAAUUAAUGAGAGAGGAUUUCUGCAAAUAGUUGCAAGAGAAGUAAUCAGAAUUAGAAACUCUUUCGAACCAAAAUAAAAAUUUGAACACUAAAGUAAAGGAACUAAUAAAUGAUAAUAAAACUUGUAGCGAACGAAUCUUAAAAAAUGAAAGCACAAUUAAAUAACUUUAGGAAUAGUUAGAUAGCGUAAACUAUUAGUCUACUUAAAUAAAUCAUAGCAAUACUGCAAAUAUAAAUUAAUUAAAUAUGGAGAUAGAAAAGUUAUAAACUUUGCUAAAACAAUCAUAAGAAAAUAUAUAAAGAUUAGAGUAUAACAAAAAGAGGAAAGAAGAAGAGAUUUCAAAUUUACUUGCUGAAAUUCAUGAUUUAAAUGAUGUUAAUUAGAAAUUUAAGUAUCAGGCAAGUACUUAAAAAGAAGAAAUAUAAUAAUUAAAAAAUAAAAUCGAAGAACUUAAUAAUAAUUAGAUAGAUUAAGACUAAUUUGUUUCAUUUUUAGAUAAACCAUCUUAAAUUAUAUAAUAAAAUAACUAAUCUAUGAAUAUGAAAAGCUUUAUCUCCAAUACUUAAAAUGAAUUUCACAGCUGCAUCGUUUAAGACUUUGAAGAAUACCUUGAAAAAAGCGAAUUCUAUUAAAAUGUAAAUUAAAAAAGCUAAUAAUAAGACAUAAAAUCAAAAAGUAUUUUAUCUGAAGUAAAAGAAGAAAAUUCUUUUGAGAAAUAAAUGAAAAAACACUAAACAGAAAAAGAAUAAGAUACAAAUUGUAUUCUUAAAAUAAUCUAAAAAGAAUAACUAUCUUAAAAUGAUUUAGAAUCCAAAAAUAUCCUUUAAACUUAGCAUGUAAAGUCAAAUAGAAGCUUAGAUCUAAGAAAUUAAAUAGCAGGAAAGCAAUAAAGUUUAGAUAAAGAAAAUUUAGGCGAAACUGUUAAGUGGGAGAAAAUUGAUUAGGAUAAUGCUUAUUUAAAGUAAUAAAUGCAAGCUUUACAUUAAAAGUUUGAAAAGAUAGAGAAUUAAAUAACUGAAUCUAAAAAAGGUUUACAUGAUGCUUUAGCUUUGGCUUUGAAGGCUGGAGAUUAAGAGCUGAUAAUUAAAUUAUAAAAUGCUAUUAAAUUAUGA